CUAGACUCAAUCACGGGCCUAGCUCAAUACACAACCCAAAGUCCAAGCAUCGCAUCUAAGCAAGAAUAAUAAAAAUGUCCCGCAUCCUCGUUACCGGCGGCAGCGGCUUCCUCGCCAGCGCACUAAUCGACACGCUCCUCGCCCGCGGCCACUCGGUGGUCACCACCGUCCGGUCAUCCGAAAAAGCCCAAACGCUUAAAUCCCAACGUCCUGAGAUUUCCUCUUCCCGCCUCUCCUUCCGAAUCGUCGAAGACAUCUCCCAACUCAAUGCCUUCGACGACGCCGUGGUUAACGACCCGCCGCUCACGGCCGUCAUCCACACCGCUAGCCCCUUCCACUACAGCAUUGACAACGUCAAGAAAGAUAUGCUUGACCCUGCUGUCAAUGGUACCGUGGGGAUUCUCCAGUCCGUGCAUAAGCAUGCUCCCACUGUCAAACGAGUGGUUAUUACAUCUUCUUUUGCAGCCAUGUUCAAUGCCUCGAAACCAGCGGGGUCGAAGUACUCCGAAGCGGACUGGAACCCAGUGACAUGGGAAGACGCAGAAAGCGCGGGAAACGCACAAGGUCAAGCGGGAUAUCGCACGAGUAAGGCACUCGCGGAGAAGGAGGCAUGGGGAUUCAUGGAGAAGGAAAACCCCGGGUUUAGCCUAACGGUGAUGAAUCCGUCGUUGAUUUUCGGGCCGGUAGCGUCGUCGUUGAAGUCAUUGGCGGAGGUGAAUACGUCGAACCAGAGGAUCAGAGAUUUCGUGGCCGGAAAGUUCAAGGAGAAGUGUCCGCCGACGGGGAGUCAAUUUUGGGUGGAUGUGAGAGAUGCGGCUCUGGCGCAUGCGGUCGCGGUGGAGAGGCCCGAGACGGCGGGGAAGAGGUAUUUUUUGACGGCGGGGAGCUUUUGUAAUGCGGAGGUGGUGGAGGUGAUUGGGGAGGCUUUCCCGGAGUCGAGGGAGGGAUUGCCGAAGGGGGAGGCGUUGGUGGAUGGGCAGUUUCCGGCGGGAGGGCCGAAGUAUGGGUAUGAUAAUUCGGCGUCGAUUGAGGGGCUGGGAUUGACGUAUCGGUCGUUGAGGGAGAGUGUGGUGGAUACGGUGUAUAGUUUGAGGGUGGUUGAGAAGGCUUCUCAAUGAGUGGUUGUAUGAGGCGCAUAGAUAUCCCGGUGUUUUGUAUAUACUUCAUGACAUACAAAAGGCAUCUGAUUUGCAUAAUAUAUACGAGCAUCUGACUCUUAAAAAUACUA